UGUCCCCUUGAGGAGGUGAAGGAGAAUGCCACGUUUUCCUUCAAAUGCAGACAAUUAGUAAUUCAGAAGAUGUCUUGAAGAGCAUUGAAAACAUCUUCUCCUCCAAAUUCUCUUCAAAGGAUUUUGAUUUCCUUCCAUAUUUGUGUGAAAAAAGUGAAUAUGGGAAUAUUAAGUUCGACUCUAUCAAUGUAUUUAAUUAUAAUUUCCAAAUUAACCACAACUGGGCGGUCUCAAUCGCAGUUAAAUGACAAUUCGACGUUACCAACUGUCAGCAACUGGAAUUCUUUUACUUUAACUGAAAUAAAUGGAACAGAUUUUAAUACUUCGGAUACAGAAAGCUCUUUACUUCCACCUUUCUGGGAGGAAUUCUGCACUUUGGAGGAAACAAACCAGCUCCUUUACUCUUACCAUUGUUACAUAGACGACUCCUCUUCGGGUAAAUGGAAUUUCUCUGAACUACGACAAUAUAUUCUAAGGAAAGAUGUAAAGUACAGUUUUAAUGUACAUUGUCAUAACGGGGCUAAAAUAUCCCUCCCAGUGCCUGGAAAAGCAAAGAAUAUCAUCAAACUGUAUGUGAGAGACUGUGUAGCAGACGACUAUUAUGCUGACUAUAAAAACUCGGAUUUAGAUCUUUUACCAGACGAACUAGAGGAAUAUGUUCUGAUCAAUGUCGUACGUGUGAUAGGCGUAAAAUCAAUGUUAGACAGUCUUCAAAUCAAGUCAGCAGACCUUCCCAAAAAUGUUGUUUGUGGAGAUGAUGAAACGUUGACUAUAAAAACAGAACAAAAUGAAACUUUUCAAUUUAUUCAUGAUUUUAUCAACCAAGACGAGGCAACUGAAAUGUUUGGCAAAGUUGCUGCAGACAAUAUAAUAGAUAAAAGGGUGUCGCCACACAAGUGUUUCUACAAAAAUCUACGAAUUCUUAAUCUUUCAGUCACAUCAACGAAAAAUAGGUACUAUGCAUCAGAAUUGACUGAACAGAAUGUAUUUCCUGAGCUUAGAGUGUUGAAUAUGUCCAAUUCAGACCUUUAUUACAUACCGGGGCAAUUAAAAAACUGGUGGAUUUACUUCAAGAAAUUAGAGUAUCUCGAUAUGUCUUACAAUUUCAUACAAGAUGUAAUUUUCCCAUUGGAUAAUGAAAGAAUAUGGGACAAAACAGUACCAAUCUUAACAUUUGAUUUUUCACACAACAACAUAAGUAGAGUUUCUGUCCGCAAAUUUGAAAGAAUAAUUUCAAACGAGAAAAUAUUCGUGAAAAUAGACCACAAUCCCAUCAAUUGUUCCUGCACAGAUGAAAUGAAAGAACUUUUAAAAUAUAUCAAAGAAAUAGACUGGAGUUCGUCGAAGUACCAUCAAUACUCAUACCUUAGGGCUCUGAAGUGUGAAUAUCCUGAAUAUGUUCGAGGACGGCGUCUCGCAGAUCUGACAUUUAGGGAGAUUAACUGUGAAUUCGAGCUGAUGCCAGUCACUGUCGCUUUAAGUGUCCUUUUGCUUUUUCUUAUAAUUUUUAUUGUCGUUAUACUUAAGUAUCGAAGGGAAAUCCGAAUUUUAUUUUACACUAGGUUCAAUAUAGUGCUUCCAUGUCAACUUGCAGAAUUGUACGAGGAUAAAGAAUUUGAUGCCUUUGUUUCUUACAGUAACGAUGAUCAAGAGUGGGUGUACAAUAUUUUUGAUGAAAACAAACACGACCGACUUGAACAUUUAAAGUUUUGCAUGCAUCAUAAGGAUUUUGUUCCGGGAAAAACUAUUUUUGAGAACAUCGUCAAAUGCAUCGAGAAUAGUCGUCAUACUGUCAUUGUUCUUUCACGGAAUUUUCUUAGCAGCCAGUUUUGCUUGUGGGAAUUUCAGGAGGCUUUUCAGCAAAGUAUUGUUGAAAGAAAACGACAUCUUGUCAUCAUCCUACUGGAAGACAUUCCAGAUAAAGAUCUACCAAACGAUCUGAGGAGAUGUAUGAAAACAUUCACUUAUAUUAAAAAAGACGAUAAGAUUUUUGUAGACCGACUGCUGUACUCCCUCUCAUUUAAAGUAAGAGUAGGGAAACACAAAAACAAUGUACAUGUCAACCAUGGAUUCGAUAACCUUGGCGAGCAGCACGAAGGUAACGAUGCAAAUAGAAAAGAUGGUGUCAAUGGCCGAAUUAACAUUAUCGGAUAAAAAACAGAAACUCUUGAUAAAAUAAUUAUUCGUUAAAUCCUUAAUUAAAAGUGUUGAAUAACGCUAAGGCAUCUUUUGUGAAAAUUAAAUUUAAAGAAUAGUCUUUAGCUCACCUGAACUGAAAGAUCAAGUGAGCUUUUCUGAUUAUCCGCUGUCCGUUGUCCCUUCGUCUGUCCACCCGUCCAUCUGUAAAUUUAUUUACUUUUCCCUAAGAACCACAGGGAUAAUUUAACUAAAUUGGGUACAAAUUAUCCUUGGGGACAAGCCUCCUUACAAGGGGGAAAUAAACAAGAAAAGACAGAAAAUAGGGUAAGUCAUUAAAAAAUCUGCUCAAAAAUUACCGAGUUAGAAAAAUUGAAAUUUAAAUGAAAACAUCCUGGGACAAUUUAGAUUCUACAUUGUUCAAAUCACGACCCCGGGGUAGAAAGGGCCACGAUAGGGAAUCCAAGUUUAACAUGGAAAUAUUUGAAAAAAUAUUAGGAAAUCCGCUUCUCAUGAACCACUGGGCCAGAUAAACUGAAACCUAAGUACCCUGGGGUAGAAUAGAUUCUACAUUGUUCAAAUCAAGAUUCUUGGGGUUAAGGCGGGGUCACAAUAGAGAAUUCAAAUUUUACAUUCAGAUAUGUAGAAAAUCGUUA